AUGGGAGAAGAAAACCAAAGCUCUGUGACUGAAUUUGUCUUCCUGGGCCUUUCUCAGGACCCACAGACACAAGUCCUGCUCUUCUGCCUCUUUCUCACCAUCUACCUGCUGACUUUGCUGGGAAACCUGCUCAUCAUCAUGCUCAUUCACACAGACCCCAGACUCCACACACCCAUGUACUUCUUCCUUAGAAACUUGUCCUUUGCUGACCUCUGUUUUUCAACUACCACAACCCCCCAGCUGCUGGUCCAUUUCCUGGUAAAGAGGAAAGCCAUAUCCUUUGCUGGAUGUUCAACACAGAUGUUUGUUUCCCUUCUACUCGGGGGUACAGAGUGUGCGCUGCUGGCAGUGAUGUCCUAUGACCGCUACGUGGCUGUCUGCAAGCCCCUGCACUACUCCACCAUCAUGACCCACUGGGUGUGCGUCCAGCUGGCCUUAGGGUCCUGGGCCAGCGGGGCAUUUGUAUCUCUAGUGGACACCACAUUCACACUGCGCCUGCCCUACCGAGGCAACAAUGUCAUUAACCAUUUCUUUUGUGAGCCUCCUGCCCUGCUGAAGCUGGCUUCUGCAGACACUUACAGCACAGAAAUGACCAUCUUUGCCAUGGGUGUGGUCAUCCUCCUAGCUCCUGUCUCCCUGAUCCUUGUCUCCUACUGGAAUAUAAUCUCCACUGUGAUGCAGAUGCAGUCAGGGGAAGGGAGACUCAAGGUGUUCUCUACCUGUGGCUCCCAUCUUGUUGUGGUGGUCCUGUUCUAUGGCUCAGCAAUCUUUGCCUACAUGAGGCCCAACUCCAAGGUAAUGAAUGAAGGGGAUAAAGUAAUCUCUGUGUUCUACUGUUUUGUGACACCAAUGCUGAACCCCAUCAUUUAUAGUCUGAGGAACAAAGAUGUCAAAGGGGCUCUCAGGAAAAUUAUUGCAAAGUAGCCAUUUGGAAAGUAGAAAACUCAGAUGGUAAUGAACAUUUCAGAGAUGUGGACUGAAGUGUUUUUCCUUUAAGCUUCUGUCAUUUUUAUCUAAUAUUCCCAUGUUCAUCCUUCUUUCUCUUCUUAGAUAGUUCAUUUAGUCAUCCUUCAAAUUAAAUUAUCUUGAUAGACACUGGUGGGAAUUACAAUGAUGAAAGAUAAAGGAAAAAAGUAAAAGAAAAAUUUUGGGUGGAAAAAAAUAGGGAGAGAGGAAUGGGGAAUGGGAGGUGGUUAAAUAGCCAUAUACAGUAUCAUUACUCCCUGUGCCCAUGUAAUUUAGCACAGAAACCAAA